AUGGUUUGCCCUGAAAGCCCGCAGCAGCAGCAGCAGCAGCAGGGAAGCGGCUUGGGGGCCUCUGAUUCAGUGCAGUCUAUGAAUGCCUCUCUGCCGGUGCAGCAGCAAGGCAGCAGCACCAGUCUUGUACAGCUGAAGACAGAAACUUCUGCUGCUGAGCAGCACAAGGCUAAGAGAAAGUCUCGACAUGCAUCAGCAGCAAAAGCAAAAGCCACCAGAGCAGCAGCAGGGGGCCCCCGAGCGGGGCGGACGAAGGGGGCCCCCAACGAUAAGACAGAGCAGAAGAAGCAAAAAAAAGAUAAACUCAAACUGAAGACAGAAAAAAGAAAAACAAACAAAAAGAGCAGCAAAUCGGCGGCAAGAGGUGCAGCAGAUGGCACAGCAGGAACGAAGCUGAAGAAGCAGCAGCCAGAACAGCAGCAGCAGCAGCAGGAACAAGAGCUGCAGCAGCAGGAGCAGCAGCAGCAGCAGCAACAGCAGCAGCAGCAGCAGCAGCAGCAGGAAGGUAGGUCCUUGUACUAUGACUCUCAGGGCCGCCCGCUGCGUCUCCUUUCCUCGGGUCGCUUUGAGUUGAUGGAGCCGUACGCUGCCUCCCUAUCACAGACAGCAGCAGCAGCAGCAGCUGCUGCUGCAGGAGGCAGCAACAACCCUUGUGCAUUAAAAGUACGACGAGAGUUUGCUGCAUCUCGUGUGGGGCUGUCAGCAGCAGCAGAAGAUGUUUAUAUUAGGCGACUGCCGCGCAGAUGCCCCAACAGCCUGCAAUGGAGCAGCAGCAGCAGCAGCAGCAAACCGAUUAUCCCUGUGAAGGUGCGGCUGCUGCACCGAGAACCAAAGAAAGCAGUAAAAAUAAUAGAACAGACAGUAAGGCCGCCGACGCCUAUAGAAGAAGGCACUCUUCAUUUUCAGCUGCUGCAGGUGCAGCAGCAAAAAGAUAAAGAAACAAGAAGAGCUGUAGCAUACAACUGGCAGACAAAGCAAAACAAAAACCUCGCGAACACCCUUCUUGCAGCUGCUGCUGCUUCUCCUGCUGCUGCUGCUGCUGCUGGUAGUGAUAGUGCUGAUGGUGCUGCUGCGCAUCAGCAUACAAACGAUCCCUCUAACGCUGCUGCAGCAACAAACGCUGCAGCAGCAGCUGCUGCUGACGGCGCCGCUGCUGCACCCUUUCAUAACAACACACAGCAGGGUGAAGAGCAGCAGCAGCUGCAGAUGCAGCAAACUCAAAACAAGCAACAGCGAAACCAGCAACAGCAGCAGCAGGCUGAUCUGCAGCAGCAGCAGCAAUGGGACCAGCAGCAGCAAUGGACUCCUGAGCAGCAGCAGCAGCAGCAGUGGGAGCAGCAGCAGCAGUGGGAGCAGCAGCAACAGUGGGAGCAGCAGCAACAGUGGGAGCAGCAGCAGCAGUGGGAGCAGCAGCAGCAGCAAUGGGUUCCUGAGGAGCAGCAGCAGUGGGGCAUCGGCUCGCAGCAGCAGCUUUGGCCUGCGCAGCAGCAAGACGGGCAGCAGCAGGAGCAGCAGCAGCAGGAAAGCAGCAGCAGCACAGAAGGAUGCAGCAAUGUGUAUUCAUGCCCCUGGAGUUCGGGUCCUAUAUACUGCAUUUGCUGCAACAACAACGAAGAUGAGCAGCAGCAAACACUGAUGACAGCCCUGCAGCAACCUGCUGCUACUCUGCUUGCCUGCUGCCCCGUCCACGGGGCCCCCCACACUCAGCAGCAGCAAGAACAGGAGCAGCAGCAGCAGGAGCAGCAGUUGCAGCAGCAGCACGAAUUGCAGUUCCAGCAGCAAGAGCAGCAGCAGCAGGAGCUGCAGCUCGAGGAACAGCAGCAACAGCAGCAGCAGCAGCAGCAGCAGCAGGAAGCGAAGCAGAAGGGAUCUGUCGGUGAGGGUCUACUGAGAGGUGUUGCUGCUUGGUUCAGCAAGUUGCCUGCUGCUGCUGCUGCUGCUGCAGGGGCAGCAAAAGACAAAGAGGCAGCAGAGGCAGCAGAAGGCGCAGCAGCAGCAGAAGAAGGAGCAGCAUCAGCAGCACCAGGAGCAGGAGAUGAAGCAGCAGCAGCAGCACUAGCAGCAGCAGCAGCAGCAGGGCAAGUCUGCGAAGUGAAGCGCCCGCAUAAGCUGUCACCUCAAGCUAUCAGCAGCAGCAAAACAGCUGUUGUACCUAUUAAGCUGAGGGUGUUGAAAGCAAAGAGAGUCGGUAGAAGACCUGCUGCUCCUGCUGCUCCUCCUGCUGGUCCUGCUGCAGUUGCUGCUGCUAGUGAACACUGGCCGUCUCGCAGCAGCAGCCCAGCAACAACACCUCGCUCAGAUGGUGCAGCAGCAAUUAGAUUUGUCCUGCUGCAAGCUCAAGUAAGAAAGGACAAAGAAAAGAGGAGGCUAGUUGCCUUCUAUCCACCUGUUCAUACACCGCAGCAAACAGCAAUCUUGCGGCAGCAGCGCUUGCUGCAGCAGCAGCUGCAGCAGCAGCUGCAGCUGCAGCAGCAGCAAGACAGAUGCUGCGCCCCUGCUGCUGUCAGCUGCAGCGCAGCAUGCAGCCUCUUCAGAGAGGCCUCACAGGAUUCGCAGCAAACAGCAAUAACCAUCAACUUCCAGCAUAGGACGUCGCUGCAGCAGCUGCAGCAGCUGCAGCAGCAGGCAGGGAGCGACUCGGAACGGCAGCUGCAGCUGCAGCAGCUCAUUCUGCAGCAGCAGCAGCAAAGAGAAAGAUAUCUCCAGCUGAGCCAAAAAGAACAGCAGCUUCAGCUGCGCCUUCAGAUGCUGCAGCAGCAGCAGCAGCAGCAGCAAAUCAUGCUAUCCCCUUCAUCUUCUGAGCACUCUUUCACAGCCACAUGCGGCGUCUCCUCAAAGGCCCUCCAGAUCGCAGCAAGAGCAACAGCAAAAGUAGCAGCAAGGCGUGAGGCUGCUGCUGCUGCUGCCGAGGCUGCUGCUGCCGCUGCUGCUGCUGAAGCAGCAGCUGCUGAAGCAGCAGCUGCUGAAGCUGCUGCUGCAGAAGCAGAGACGGAUGAAGCAGCAGAAGCAGCAGGAGCAGAAAGCAGCAGAGACAUCUCAGUGAUUGUCGUUGAAGAGACAGCCCAAGCAGCAGAAGCAGCAGCAGCAUCAGAGGAGCAGCAAGAGCAAGAAGUAUGCCUGGGGGGAUCCAUUGAAGCUGAAGGAAGCAUCAGAAGCAGCAGCAGAAGCAGCAGAAGCAGCAGAAGCAGAAGCGGCUUGUGCUUCAACUACUCUCUCCAGGCACCCGAGGGCUGUGAAGCUGCUGCAGCAGCAGCAGCAGCAGCAGACAAAGGUUUUGCUGCCAGAGGCAUCGGCUGCUGGAUCUCAAUGAAGGCCUCAUGCCUUGCACCUCCCUGCUACCCGCAGCAGCAGCAGGAGCAGCAGCAGGAGCAGCAGCAGGAGCAGAAGCAGGAGCAGCAGCAGGAGCAGCAGCAAGAGGAGCAACAGCAAGAGCAGCAGGAGCAAGAGCAGCAGCAGCAGCAGCAGGAGGAUGAGCAGCAGCAGCGUCUUAACACGGCAAGCAGCGGGAGGACCUCUUUAGCAGCAAAUUCAGAGAAGUUUCUGACUACGUUUGCGCUGCAACCCGAAGAGCUGCAGCAGCAGCAAGAGCAGCAGCAGCAGCAGCAGCAACAGCAGUGUAGCAUUAGCAAGAUGUCCUACUGCUGCGUCGCCUCAGCAAGGAGCAGCAGGAGCAGCAACAGAAGCUUAGAUUCAAGAGAUAUCAGCAGCAGAGCUACCCUCCUCACCUACCGUUCACAGCAGCAGCAAGACCAGCAGCAGCAGCAAGACCAGCAGCAGCAGCAAGAGCAGGAAGCAGCCUAUAUCAUCAACUCCACUUGGGGGGGUCCUCUUCCCGAAGGUGACCCCUGUGCUCUUACGGGGCCCCUGGGGGCCCCCUUGGGGGCCCCCCUAGGGGCCCCCCUAGGGGCCCCCCUUGGGGCCCCCCUAGGGGCCCCCCUUGGGGCCCCCCUAGGGGCCCCUUACUUAUCGGGUGAGGUAAUUGAGGCUGCACCUGUACCUCUAGAGUCUUUGCCUUUGGAAGAUCAGCUGCGAGUGAGACAAGCUGUAGAAGAAUACAUGCUGCAGCAGCAGCAGCAGCAGCAGCAGCAGCAGCAGGGGGAUGGGGAGGUGCUGCAGCAAGAGCAGCAGGAGCAGCAUUGGACGCAGCAGCAGCAGCAAUACGAGUUUAUGCUGCAGCAGCAAGGAGAUCCUAACAGCCUACAAGCCUAUUUACCUCCGGAGUUUUAUGCUGCUGCUGCUGCUAAAGGAGAGACGACAACAACAGCAGCAGCAGCUGCUGCUGCUGCUGAUGGUGCAGCAGCAACUGCCAUGGAAGGCCCUGCCCCUGUGUGGGUCUUGGCCUAUCCACCCCCAACAGAGCAGCAGCAGCAACAGCAGCAGCAGCAACAGCAGCUGCAGCAGCAGCAACAAGUCGUCGUCCUCCCUCAACAACUCGAACAGCUGUUGCUGCUGCAGCAGCAACAGCAACAGCUCCUGCUGCAGCAGCAACAGCUGCAACAAGAGUUGAGCGCUGCAGCCGCCAGCAGCGCAUUCGUAGCAGGAGCAGCAGAAGCAGCAGCAGCAGCAGCAGCAGCAGCAGAGUUAGAAAACUCCCCUCCGGAUCAGUGCUUUGCCUGCGGCACCUGCAGCAGCAACUGCUGCUGCAUGAGCAGCAGCAGCAGCAGCUACAGGAAGGUUGAAGAGUCUGCUACUGGAAGCUGUAUCACCGGAUGCUGCUGA